UUUGACAAGGUUCUCGGAGCUGCGGUGAUAGAUCUGGGUGCCUUGCAGGCGUUGUGCUGGAGUGGUUGUCCAGCAGAACACCGGGCGAUGACGUGGCGGCUGUUGCUGCGCUACAUGCCAGGAAACGCUGAGAGGCGGGAGGAUAAGAUGAAUCGGCUGAGGCUGGAGUACGCUGAUGCCGUGGUGCAUUAUUUCGACAAGUACGACCCAGAGAAGGCUUCGUUGUAUGACAAGACCAUGUACAAUCAAAUCUAUGUGGAUCUUCCCAGGACGAAUCCAUCCAUGCCGCUCUUUCAGAAUGAGCAAGUUCAACAGAGUUUGCAUAGAAUAUUGUAUGUUUGGGCGAUUCGGCACCCAGGAACAGGUUAUGUACAGGGGAUAAAUGAUCUAGUCACUCCAUUCUUUUUCGUCUUCCUUCAAGAGGUGUGCUGGAAUGGUGAAGUUAUGAAAUUUUUAACGCCCAGCCAACAACAAAAGGUGGAGGCGGACUGCUAUCAUUGUUUGACGAACAUGCUGGACAAUGCUCAGGACAACUACGUGCUAGAUUCCAAGGGAAUCCAGGAGAAAGUUUUCAAACUCAAGAGGAUCAUCUCGCGCCUGGAUGAGAAACUAGUUCAACACCUCGAGGCCAACGAUGUCGAGUUCCUUCAGUUUGCGUUCAGAUGGUUCAACUGCCUCCUCAUGCGCGAGUUCUCCAUGGAGUGCACCCUCCGGCUAUGGGACACGUACGUGGCUGACAAAUCCUUCGCCUCCUUCCAUGUCUACGUCUGCGCUGCCGUCCUGCUGUCGUUCUCCAAGGAGCUCAAGGCCAUGGACUUUCAAGAGAUCAUAUUCUUCCUCCAAAAGAUGCCAACAGAAAAGUGGUAG